ACGCUAACUGUCUUGGGUCUCUUGCUACUAAAGCUAAAAUUAUUUAAUAGUCGUUUGUAAAUUUUGCAUCUAUAUACUAUAGUAGAGCAAUAUAGCAUAACAACGUAGUAUAGCAAGUAUUUGAUCCCGCUUACGCAGAUAAUUAUAGAGCGUAUUGCUUUUUGGAUCGGAUAUGGCUGAGACUAAGCCCAAGGCCAAUGCGGUCGAGAUGGAUGAGGAAUCACAGCGCAAGUACGAUCUAGUACGGUCGAUAGGCGAAGAGUGUAUCCAGGAGAGUGAGCUCAAGAACCUUAUACUUAAGAAGCCUGGGUUCCGAUUGUACGAUGGUUUUGAGCCAUCGGGCCGCAUGCACAUUGCACAGGGAGUGUUCAAGGCUAUGAACGUCAAUAAAUGCACCGCUGCGGGGGGCACCUUCGUCUUCUGGGUGGCUGACUGGUUUGGUCUGAUGAAUGAUAAGAUGGGUGGUGAUCUGGAUAAGAUCAAGGUGGUAGGCGAGUACUUCAUUGAGGUGUGGACGGGUGCGGGGAUGGAUCUCAGUAACGUGGAGUUCCGCUGGGCUAGCGAUGGCAUUGUGGGCAAUGCGGCAUCGUACUGGCCACAGGUGAUGGAUGUGGCCCGAUGUUUCUCGGUGACUAGAAUCAACAAGUGUUGUCAGAUAAUGGGCCGUAAGGAAGGUACCUUGACGGCUGCACAGAUUCUUUAUCCGCUCAUGCAGUGUUCGGAUAUCUUUCAUCUGAGGGCUGACAUCUGUCAGUUGGGCGUGGAUCAGCGCAAAGUCAACAUGCUCGCCAGGGAGUACUGUGACGCCUCCAAGCGAAAGCUCAAACCGGUGAUACUGUCGCAUCACAUGAUGUAUGGUCUGCUAGAGGGCCAGGAGAAGAUGUCCAAAUCAAACCCCGACAGCGCUAUAUUCGUAGAAGAUCAGAGGGAAGACAUACUGCGCAAGAUCAACCAGGCGUACUGUCCAUUAAAAUCUACCGGAAAGGGCGUCGACACAACUGCCGAGUAUACCAUGCGACUCAAGGAAGACGACCUGCAGAACCCCUGCUUUGACUAUCUAGAAAACAUCGUGUUCAACAAGCCAGACCCAUCCAUCACCAUGGGAGGGCAAACCUACACGACCUUUGAGAGCGCGCGAGAUGCGGUGGUUAAUGCAGACGUCAGUGAAAUAGACUUCAAGGCUGCACUGGGCGAUGCGGUGGACGGAGCUAUCAAACCCAUCAGAGACCACUUCAGAGACAGUGACAAGGCCAGGACUCUUUUAGAGACAAUCCAGGGCUACAAAAACGAAACAGGCGCACCUGCGAAGAAAUCAACGCGCAGACUGGCGCUGUCGACUGGGCAGGACGCAGUGUUUAUGGUGUACGCACCCUUUGCGAGCUAUGAAUACACGAUGGAGGCUUUCCUGCCACUUGCCGAGGCCAUGAGCAGCGCGCCGGUAGACAGCCAGUGCAUUCUGUGGCUGCCAGAUUGGGCGUCGAAGUGUCAGAACAAAAUGGAGGGUGACCUGAAGGUCAUUGCCCAGUGCUACGCCGUUCUGGUUGAGACUCUGCGCGCGUUCUUACCUGCCGCGACCUUCGAGCGGUUUGAAGUUCUGUUCCAAAGCCACGGCAUCUUGCGCGAUGCAAGCAACUACUGGUUGAGUGCUAUCAAUGUGGGCCGAUCACUGACGGUCACCGAUAUCCUCACAGGACAGGGUGACGAUGAGAGUUGUGCCGGUUUAAUCGUCGCGUCGCUGAUGUUUGUUGCUGAUACCAUGGGUGUUGCGGGUGAUUCUUGUACUGUGAGUGUACCGGCAGAGCUCAAGGUUAUGGGUGACAUUGCCCACAAAUACAUCACAGGCCUGGACGAUCCCGCAGUGGUGGCGCCGAGAGUAGCCGUGCGCGAGGGUGCGGAUCUGUAUCUCAGAGAGGAGUUGGAAUCUGGCCUGAAGAACCAGGACGCCAUUCUGUUCCUAAUGGAUACGCAGAUUGAGCUGCCGCGCAAGUUCAAGCGGGCGUUCUGUGAGCCGCAGAAUGUGACGUUCUGUCCGUUGCUGUCGGUUGUGCGUGACAUUGUGUUGCCUCAGUCGGGUGCGCUCGUGAUCAGCCGCUCGGCGGAGAAUGGAGGCGAUAUCGAGUACACGACCUACGACAGUCUUGAGGCGGAUUACGCCUCUGCUAAAUUGCACCCCGGCGAUCUUAAGCCAGCCGUACAGAAGGCGUACCUCGCCAUCGUCGAUCCAUUAUUGAAGUGCUUCAAAGAGAAUCCUAUGGCUAAAAAGGCCGUGGGAGAUGUGAAGAAAUACGCCAAGCAAGCGAAGUCCAAGAAAUGAAGUGCUCAGAUAAACGUACACCAGCGGUAGUGGGCCACGGGUGUGGCUGCGCAUAAUAAACUGUGAGCAUUAGGCA